UUGGCAGCGCACUAGCGUUCUUGUUGUCCACCCUAAACGCACGAUCAUCAUGUGUUCAAGGUCCAUUCGUAUCAGGAUGGCGUUGACAGGUGCUGACUAUGCGUACUAUCGCGGGUCAUGUAUCGGCAUCUGGGCCAUUUUAACGAUUCUAGGCUGAGGCCGAUGUGCAUGGCGUCCUCAGUGCUUCUGGGCAAUGCGUUGGACACGUGUUAAACUGCAGGCUUCGUUUGCCACGACAACAGUGCGUUUACGAUCUACAAAACCACUGUAGCACACGAAAACCAGACAGCACCAACCUCGACAUCAGCAUGGGUGGAUGUGUCAGUUCCUUCGUUCCUUCCAGACGCAAAAAACCCGUGGAUUUAGAGGCAGGCCGGGUUGAGGCUAAGCCACCGAAACUUGAACAAGUUCCAGAGCCAAAAACACUACUCCCAGCUCCGGAGGAGCCCAAGACUAUCUACAUAGCUGUGAUGGGCGCCACAGGCAGUGGCAAGACAACGUUCAUCAACAUGGCAUCCGGCUCGGAUUUGCGAGUUGGUAUGGGGCUCGAGAGCUGUACAAACGAAGUACAGACGUCCCAAUCAUUCAUGCUGGAUGGAAAGCGCGUCGUUCUCAUCGAUACGCCUGGCUUUGAUGAUACGACAAAAAGCGACACGGACGUGCUGAAGAUGAUAGCUGCUUACCUGCAGACUAUGCACAAGCAAGAAAGACUUCUGUCUGGUGUUAUUUACAUGCACCGAAUCUCCGACGUUAGAGUUGGAGGUACAUCAAGACGUGAUUUUACCAUGUUUCAAGAGCUGUGCGGUAAAGAGGCGUACAACAACGUUCUCAUGGUUACGAACAUGUGGGGCGACGUAAACGAGGCUGACGCCGUGGCGCGGGAACAAGAACUGCGCGAAAAGGACAUAUUCUUUAAACCAAUCCUCGAUAAUGGCGCUCUUCUCCUACGCCACAUGAAUGAUCAAGAAAGUGCACACAAGAUCCUUCAGAAGCUGACUGGCAUAGACCCCGUGGUCUUACGCAUCCAAAGCGAACUCGCAGCAGUGAAUGACAUCACUCAGACGGGUGCUUUUGCGCAGCUGAACCGCGAACUCAUGGAGCAGGCGGAAAGGAACCGUCAAGACUUGGAGAAGUUACGAGUAGAGAUGGAGGAAGCUGCCCAGGCGCAAGAUGAGGAGACGCGAAUGGAACUCCAGGAAGAGUCAGAGAAAAUGGAAGCGGAGCUUUUACGCGUGCAAAAUGAGGCUGCGACGCUGGCAUCCGAAUAUCAAGCAGAACUUCGGAGAAUAGAAGAGCAACUCCACGCGCGUGCUGGAUGAAUAGCUUAAUUCAAUCGUCCCGGCGAUCGUUUGGCUGACAAUACGGACAAUCCUGACUCCCUGCCCGUAGUGUAGUGUGGACUACAU